GUUCCGCUUCCAGACAUUUCUGCACACGGCGGAUAAACGCGGGAGCACCACUAGAGCACCAGCAGCGGCUAGAGGCUUCUAGAAACAACGUGCACCGGGACAGUCACCGGCAUCAAACCAGUUCUCCACACUCUCCGUGACACAUUUCAACGUUUGAAGGCAUUCCACUGGACAAAUGGCCAAGUGGGGAGAAGGAGAUCCUCGGUGGAUUGUGGAGGAGAGAGCAGAUGCGACUAAUGUCAACAACUGGCACUGGACUGAACGUGACGCAACAAACUGGUCAUCUGACAAAUUAAAAUCCCUGGUCCUCGGAAUGUCUGUGGAGAACGAUGAAGGCAGCUGCGAGGUGACGGAAGUCAGCAAGCUGGAAGGAGAAGCCUCAAUCAACAAUCGCAAAGGGAAACUCAUUUUCUUCUAUGAAUGGAACCUGAAAGCCGGCUGGAUCGGAACGUCGAAAUCAGGUGUGAAAUAUAAAGGAACAAUUGAAGUUCCAAACCUGUCUGAUGAGAAUGACAUGGAGGAUCUUGAUAUUACUGUAUCGCUGAAUAAAGAUGAACCUGAAACACCUCUGACCCACCUGAUGAGAACAAUAGGAGCGGAGAAAAUCCGUGAAGCCCUCGGGAGCUACGUCGGGUACUUAAAAACAGAGUUCACUCAGGGAAUGAUCCUGCCAACAGCAAACGGCAUGGCCAAACCUCAGUCCACCUCACAGUCCAAAGCCAAGAUGAAUAAAACUCAGAUUUCAUCCUCCAGCAGCACAGCUGCUCCAGUCAACACCGGCGUCAAGAUCCCCACCUGUAAAUUCAGCAUCAGAGAAAAGUUCCUCACCUCCCCGGCUGAUCUCUACAGGGUUUUCCUCCACCAGGAGAUGGUCCAAGCCUUCACACACGCUGCAGCCACAGUGGAGGGAGAGAGGGGUGGGAAGUUCCGUCUACUAGAUGGAAAUGUUUUCGGUGAAUUCACAGAGCUGGUUCCUGAUGAGAAAAUAGUUAUGAAGUGGCGAUAUAACAACUGGCCCAGUGAGCACUACGCGACAAUCGCGAUGACCUUCUUGGACCGGAGCAGCGAGACAGAGCUGAAGGUGGAGUGUCGAGGCGUCCCGGAGAGCGAGGAGGAGCGGACGAAAGAGGGCUGGAAGAGAUACUACUUCGAAGCUAUCAAACAGACUUUUGGCUUCGGAGCGCGGCUCUUCUGAAGACGGUUUACUGUAGUGCUCGUUUUCAUUUCCGUUAUGAAUUUUUAAAACUGCUUGUCCUUCGGUCUGCCAGGCACAAGAUGUCCAAAUGUAAACUCUUUGGCACGAGUUAACAAAAGAGACGAGACGGGUGAGGCCAACAUGUCACCUGUGUGUGCGUGUAAAUGUUUUAAUUUUUGAACAUAUUUAAAUUUGGAUUUCUCCCUGUCAGUAUUUGGGUCACUUGUUCUAAGGAGAUGGACUGUGCCUUGGGGACUCGGGAUGGAAAAUGAUUUGAAUAAAGAAAAGAAGAAUAUAAUGAACCACUAAAGCUAAUUGGCCUCCAAUUCUAUAAAUAUGUAAUUACUGCAAGAGUUAAAAUAAAUGUCAGCUUUCUUUUAUUUGGAAAGUUCUUGAUUCUUUCAAAAUGAUUUGUUUUUUUUACUCUUCAAGUGUAACUGUAGUAAAGAUGCUUUCAGUAAAGAUGCAUGUUUCAUUUCAAA